UUGAAUGAAUAUACUAAUACCAUGAAAAAUAAAUGCACUUAUAUAUUUCUAGCGUUUUUUCAGAUAAUAAUGUUGAAAAAUGGAUUUUGUCAACUUUGUAAUUUAAGAUUUAAACUAAGGGCGGAACAUCUCCGCCACAGAUGGUUCCAAACAAAUGCAGAUGUAGUUAAAGAAAGUCGGACUAAGUUUAAUGUCAAUAUCCAGUCAACGGCGGAGACGCGAUAUCAUCUCACAACUGUGGCGGCAGAUACGAGGCUUAAUUAUAAAAAGACAGCGGAUUCAUCUUAUAUAGUCAAGAAUACGAUAAAGGGCGAAUACACUCCGGCGAAACCUCUCCGCCCUGUGAAGGGAAAAUCCUCCGAGAAUCCUGUAAAAAGAUUUGUCGACUGGACUGAGGUCCGGGUAUCUGGAGGAAAGGGUGGAGAUGGAAGAAUAUCUUUUCUUUCGGUUUAUUUAGUUGAAUUUGCAGGUCCAGAUGGUGCAGAUGGAGGUCAUGGGGCUCACGUCAUAUUUACAGCAGACUCCAGGAAGAAGGAUUUAUCCCAUCUGAAGUUUGAGAUCAAGGGAGAGAACGGCAGAGCUGGUAGAAACAAGGAUAUGCAUGGUGCAGAUGCUAAACACAGAAUAGUUCCUGUUCCAGUAGGAACUAUUGUACGGAACCUUGAGGGGGAAAUGGUUUGCGAUCUUUCCAAGGAGGGUUGUAUGUUUAUAGCGGCCAAGGGAGGUGCGGGAGGGAAAGGAAAUGCAAGCUUUAGAACAUCGGUUAACCAGGCGCCUAAAAUAUCAGAGGUUGGGGCAGAUGGAGAAGUUUAUGUUUAUACUCUAGAACUUAGAAUAAUGGCUGACAUUGGGUUAAUUGGAUUUCCUAAUGCUGGAAAAUCUACUCUUUUACAGGCAAUCUCUCGAGCGAGACCAAAGGUUGCAGCAUACCCAUUUACAACUUUGAAUCCUCAUAUAGGCAUGGUAAUGUAUGAUGACCUAGAUCAGCUAGCAGUGGCCGACCUGCCUGGUCUUGUACCUGGAGCAAGUAAAAACAAAGGUUUAGGACACGCAUUUCUACGCCAUGUUGAAAGAUGUCGUCUUCUUCUUUAUGUAAUCGAUCUCAGUGCCACAAAUCCGUUAGAUCAGUUGCGAGACCUUCAAUAUGAACUCGAGGAAUAUUCUCCAGGUUUAUCCCUCCGACCCUCGGCUGUAGUUGCAAACAAGAUUGAUCUCCUCCAGUCCAAGGAUACUCUAGAUCUACUCAAGACCUGUGAUAUGGAGGUGAUUCCGAUAUCUGGGAAAACAGGGUUGGGUCUUACUCAGCUCCUGACUAGAGUCAGGGAGGUUCAUGAUACUACCCUGUUAAUACAGGAGGAAGCGGAGGAAGAUUUUUGAUAAAAAUUUCUGACUUUUAUUUGCAUUAAUUUUACCAAAGUGUAGUUUAUUCUAUUUUUGUGAUAGUCAAAAAGCGAUUGUAAAUGAUUUGAACUGUAACGCCUACAAAAAGAUUGCACAUAAAGAAAUUGAAUUUUUCUAAUAACCCUAGGAAAAAGAGGAAACUAAAAAAUCAAUUAUUGUAUGAUUUAAUGGCGUGAGCGUCAAAUUUAUAAUUUUUUUGC